AGUUGUUUUGCUUUACGUACAGCAAUAAAUAUUAUUGUCAGAUUUAUAGUUGAUACACAUAUUAAAUAUCCAAUAGGUAGCUGUAGACCAUUUAUCCCUCUCACUCUGACUUGGAUGUUAAUUGUUUCAUCACUGCUGGUUUGUAAUCUAAAACCAUCCAGAUGUUGACUGAUUUGUCCACUGUCACUGUAAAAGAAGGAUGGCUACAAAAAAGAGGUGAAUAUAUCAGAAACUGGCGUCAAAGAUAUUUUGUAUUGAAGACUGAUGGAUCUUUCCUUGGAUACAAGGAAAAGCCAAGUGAAGAUAAUCACCAAGAACCUUUGAAUAACUUUAGUGUAUUGAAAUCACAACUUAUGAAAAAAGAUCAGCCUAAAGAAAACGUGUUUGUUGUAAGAUGUUUACAAUGGACAACUGUUAUAGAGAGAACUUUUAAUGCUGAUUCAGCACAAGAAAGGGAACAAUGGAUGCAUGCCAUUGAAAGUGUUAGCGAUAAACUACAACAAACAUCCGAGGGUCGAGGAUCAGUGGAUGAGAAUGGCAAAAAGCCAGCUUCACUUAAAGUUACACUCACCGAUUUUGAAUUCUUGAAAGUACUUGGGAAAGGUACAUUCGGAAAAGUGAUUCUCGUGAAAGAAAAAUCAACAGAUCAGUUUCAUGCUAUGAAAAUAUUAAAGAAAGAAGUUAUUGUAGCAAAGGAUGAAGUGGCUCACACACUAACAGAAAGCAGAGUUCUGCAGACUACAAGGCAUCCAUUUUUAACGUCUCUCAAAUAUUCAUUCCAGACGAAAGAUUACUUAUGUUUUGUAAUGGAAUAUGUAAAUGGAGGAGAGAUAUUUUUUCACUUAUCACGAGAUCGUAUAUUUCCUGAAGACAGAGCGAGGUUCUACGGAGCAGAAAUUGUAUCAGCACUCGACUACUUGCACAAACAAAAUGUUAUUUAUAGAGAUUUAAAGCUUGAAAAUUUACUGCUGGACAGUGAAGGUCAUAUAAAAAUAACUGAUUUUGGUUUGUGUAAAGAAGAAAUCUCGUACGGUGGAACAACUAAAACAUUCUGUGGAACACCUGAAUAUCUUGCACCUGAGGUAUUAGAAGACAACGAUUAUGGUAGAUCUGUGGAUUGGUGGGGCCUCGGUGUCGUAAUGUACGAAAUGAUGUGUGGUCGAUUACCAUUCUAUUCAAGAGAUCAUGAGGUGCUAUUCGAACGUAUAUUAAUGGAAGAUAUCAGUCUGCCGAGCAUGCUUUCGGGUGACGGACGUUCCCUACUGUCAGGACUUUUAUGCAAAGAUCCUCGCCGCAGACUUGGAAGCAGUGCUGCUGAUGCAACUGAAGUGAUGGGACAUACUUUCUUCUCUAGAAUUAAUUGGAAAGAUCUUUAUGACAGAAAGAUUCCACCACCAUUCAAACCACAAGUACAAAGUGCUACCGAUACCAGAUAUUUUGAUGAAGAAUUUACUGCACAACCUGUCGAAUUAACACCUCCUGACCAAUCUGCAUCCAUCGAUGACAUGAACAAGCCACAUUUCCAGGCGUUUUCUUAUACAUCCAGUGGUGCUGCUAAUUUCAAGGCAUAGAUGCUGUGAAUUUGCAAUGCACGAAGGAGAUUCCACUGCUAUCAGUACAUACAAACACAAGUUACUGUAAGCUCUCAAAAGCUCGCAUGCUACUUUCAUCUUGAAAAACAAGGAAAUCAGAAAUUGUCGCACGCACAUAAAAACUCAGUCGCUAUUGCUACUUUUUCUGAGCUGUGAGCUGCCCUAUUUUGCACUGCAUUUUCCAAUUUCUAAAAGUGUAUGUUUAAACAAGAAAUAAUUUAUCAUGCAGUUGGGAGAAUUGCCCAAUAAAUGGCUCUUUACGUCACUUGAAAUUUUAGUGAUUUUUAUGUUCCUUGAACUUACUCCCGCAUCUUUUUAAUUGAAAUUAUGAUUCAUUUAAAGAUUGCGCAGCUGGAUAAAUCGUAAUAAACUGCAUUUCAUUUUCACCUCACUAUGUGUACCAAGUACCAAAAAAUUGUUUGUGCUAAUUCCUUAUUUUACAAAGCAUAUAUGGGCAAAAUAUAAUAUAACAUGUCCUAAUAUGGUGAAGGAUGUUAAGGCAAGUUUAUUUUUUUUAUCCAGUAAAGCUGGUUAUCGAGCAGUGGCCCUAGCAACACUCAGAGUAGUUCCUGUUGCCGAUAGACUGUAACUCAUUAACGGCAAUUUCUAAUGCUUUAUUCGCAUCUGAAAAUAUUUUAACUCAUUUUCGUUUGGAUAUUUUGCAAUUUCAAUGCACAAUAACAUUGUUUCAAUGUUUACAGAGUGAGAAUCACAUCUUACCUACUGCAUUUUAUCAAAUGAUGGAGACUAGAAUGUUGUUCCUUUUUUUCAAAUGCAUAGCAUUACCUCCACAGUAAGUCAUUCCCCACUGUAUAUCCCCUACAAAAUUUUAGUCAUAUGUUGAGCUUUCUUUCCAGUGCAAAAAUUCCAUGUUCUAAUAUUUGUGGUGUCACCAAUACUUCAUUUUGAAUUUCAGUAUUGUGAUGUAUAAUUUGCAUUUUAUGGUUAUGUACGAAAUGAAGGAAUUGCACUGGCAAUUUACGUAUUCAGUCAUCUUGUGAAACAUUAGUGUUUUCAAAGCAGUUGUCUUCCACAUAAGUAGUAAGAUCAUGUUCAAUGAUAAUGUUUCAAGUUAUAUUAAGUCACCUUCAUUUUCAAUCAAAGGUUUUGAAAUUGGAUUGAAAAUUCAAAUACAUUGCAUCAAAAUUUAGUAAAUAUUAAUAUGAUUUUAAUGAAUUUUCAGAAUAUAUUCAAUGAAUUGAAAUGUAUGUAUAUGGGACACUAUUCAGAGUGGCACAAUUUAAAACAUUCUUUAACUUUCGUAUUCUACCAUAUUUUCAAAAUGUUCCUAAAAAAGUUUAGUUCAAAUGAAUUGUGAUAUUUGAUGAAAAUAACAAUGUGAUUCUGCUGAAUAUGGAAGUUCUUCACCCUUUUUAAUUUAGACUCUAAACAAAUGCUGAUUUUCAGAGUGUAUUGUGUAUACAUUGGCUUGUCGAAUACACCUUGUUAAAGGUGUAUUCCUGCAUCCGGAUUUUCCGCUACGCUAUUGUUGAUAUAUGAGCUUUUUUUCAUGCCUUUUACUUGAUGCGUUUUGCUGUUUAUGCGCUUUUUAUACAUGAAUCACUGCAAUUAUCUAUUAUGCUAUCGUGCUAAUUUUCAAAGUGUAUUGUAGCCCUUUCUAUGAGCUAAGGAAUGGAUGGAUAUAUGUUAUUGUAUGCUCGUGCUUUGUUCAUUUUUGAAAUUCUCUAUGAUUUCAGUUACCAUUUUUAAAAGUCAUGCCUGCUUCCAUAGUAUACAGUUUCAGAUUCGGUGGCUUUUUUUUAUUGUUUUCAUUUACUGUACUCUGAUUUUCAACUUGCCUUGAUGAUUUGCCUGUUUCGAAGGCACUUUUGCCUAUCAUUCAGUCACAUAAUAUCAGUAGGUGAUAUUCUACAUAACUUCCUCUCGUUGGAAAACAUCAAUCUUCCUUUGUGGAAGUCAACAUGCUUUGCCUGCCCAGAUAAGGUCUGCUCUAUUUUUUAAUCAAACAUUUGAAGAAAAAUGUUAAUUCUGCUUUGCAAUAAACUAUUUUGUUGAAUUCUAAACAUAGUUUUGAUUUUUGUUUUCUCAUCUCAUUUUAUGAUAAUGAGUAUCAAUAAAUAUGACCAGCUUUUGACUGAAAAUGGCCAGUGUUCAAAAUGUCUUUUUGGGCAAUUUAUACAUUGUUUUUCGAUUUUUUACUUCAAGGAGGGCCUUUUUCAUUAAAUGGUUACUCGAUCUUGCCCUGAAAAAAUUAUCUUCACAAUUCCUGAAGAAUUGGCCUCUCGUUAAGUAGGCAAACCUGAUGUUAUUUUGCAUGCCCUUUGUCUAUGAUAAAAUUGAGUUUCUAACUCUUUGAAAACCCAAUAUCGUAUUUUUGAAAUCUACCCAAAUUAUUUUUUAUCAUUUAUAUGAUUUAUAGACUACUUUUUUGCUGUCGUGUAUUCUAGCUACAUAUUCAUAUUAUUAUUAAUCGACCAUCAAUGAUAAUAAUAACAAUAUUAAUAAUAAUAUAUGAAGAAAUGAA